AGAUUUGAUUCUGAAAAAGUUCUUGGAAACUCACAAAUCCAACAUGAAGAAGAAAGCAGAACGUAUUUUUGAGGGCAAGAAAGAAAAUGAAGCACAUCUCCAGGUUGUUUACACAGACCUCUUCAUCACAGAGGGAGAUAUGAAGGAAGUUAAUCAGGAACAUGAGAUUCUGAAGAUUGAUGAUGCUUUUAAGAACAAACAAACACAGGACAAACCAAUCAAAUGCAAUGAUAUAUUUACACUAUUAAGGAGAAAAAACAGUGAGAAGAAGAUUGUGCUGACUAAGGGAGUCACUGGCAUUGGAAAAACUGUCUCUGUGCACAAGUUCAUCCUGGACUGGGCAGAAGGAAAAGCCAAUCAGGAUAUACACUGUGUGUUCCUGCUUCCAUUCAGAGAGAUGAACUUAAUGACCGAUGAAGAUUUCAGUCUCCACGAGCUUCUGCUGGAAUUCUAUCCUGAACUGGAGGACCUGGAGAAAACCAAGUUAUAUAAGGAAUGCAAUCUAGUGUUUAUAUUUGAUGGACUUGAUGAGAGUUGUCAGGCUUUGAAUUUUAAAACUAGAGCAUCACCAAGAGCUAUUGUUGAGAAAAGAUCAUCUGUAGCUGUGCUGUUCACAGGUCUGGUCAAAGGGACUCUGCUUCCAUCAGCUCUGGUCUGGGUGACCUCACGACCAGCAGCAGCCAAUCAGAUCCCUCCUGAACAUGUGGGUUUGUUCACUGAGGUGCGAGGAUUCACUGACCAACAGAAGGAGGAGUACUUCAGAAAGAGAAUCACAGAUGAGAGUCUGGCCUCCAGAAUCAUCUUACACAUUAAGACGAAUCGUAGUCUCUACAUCAUGUGCCACAUUCCUGUGUUCUGCUGGAUCACGGCCACAGCUAUGUGGCUGUAA